CUCUCUGUUUUUAGCUCUCUGGUAUUACUCCGCAGCAUUUUCGUCCGUAGCUAUUCCACACUGCCGUCAGCUAAAGAAAGAUGAUUGCGACUAAGCCCAAACGAUACCGUUACUUGUCAUUUCUCUGAAUAUUUGACCGUUUAUGUGAUUGUUAUCCUCACAAGGAAUUUCUGAAGCCGACAGUUCUGAGAAACAUCGAAGAUUCAGGGCCAGAGUUCAAAAUGACCAACGAGGAACCUCUACCCAAGAAGGUUCGCCUGAGUGAGUCGGACAUGAAGACCCUGACUAGAGAAGAGCUGUGUACCAGGUGGAAACAGCAUGAAACGUACGUGCAAGUCCUCGAGACCAAAUAUGCAGAGCUGUGUUCAAACGAUGUUCCAGGACUGAAGGAGUCGGAGGAAAAGCUCAAGCAGCAGCAGCAAGAGUCUGCUCGCAGGGAGAACAUCCUGGUCAUGCGACUUGCCACAAAGGAGCAGGAAAUGCAAGAGUGUACAACCCAGAUCCAGUACCUGAAGCAAGUCCAGCAGCCGAGCGUGGCCCAACUGCGGUCGUCCAUGGUGGAUCCAGCCAUCAACUUGUUUUUCCUCAAAAUGAAGGCUGAACUGGAACAGACUAAAGACAAACUGGAGCAGGCCCAAAAUGAACUGAGUGCCUGGAAAUUUACACCUGAUAGCCAAACGGGGAAGAAGCUGAUGGCCAAAUGUCGAAUGCUGAUUCAGGAAAACCAGGAACUGGGGCGGCAGCUUUCUCAGGGACGCAUCGCUCAGCUGGAGGCUGAGCUGGCCCUGCAGAAGAAGUACAGCGAGGAGCUCAAGAGCAGUCAAGAUGAGCUAAAUGACUUUAUUAUCCAGUUAGACGAAGAGGUAGAGGGGAUGCAGAGCACCAUUCUUGUCCUGCAGCAGCAGUUGAAGGAGUCCCGUCAGCUUCUCUCUCAGUCUCAGGUUGCUUUGGCUGGAGCAGGACCCAGUAGGACUUCACCCACCGCCUCCAGCUCCUCUGUUGAACCCUCGACUCAGCCAGAGCAGACCAGCGUUCCCGCCGAGCCAAUGGGCAAAGACUACGGAAGGGUCUCCAAUGGUCCAAGCAACGGCAGCUCAUCCCAGAGGAGCGAGACAAUCACGCCCACCUUGUACCGCGAGGUCAGCAGCGCUGAGGAAGACUUUCCAAUGUCCCCCGUCGUCUCCAGCCCGAGUGAAGCUGAGACCAAACUUUCCAACCAUUCAGAGGAGGCGCCGGUCAGUCAGACUGCUUUGCGACGAGCUGGAGGGCCUCGGGGUUUUGGGAGCCAGCUGAGUGUAGGGUAUGAGAGCGUGGACUCUCCCACAGGCAGCGAGACAUCAUUGACUCAGCACUCGAAUGACACAGACUCCACAGAUCCCCACGAGGACAAGGCUGCCCUGGUUACCAAGGGCACGAGGACUGCAGGGUCACGUCAUGCUCAGAAUGGCCUGGACUCCAACACAAGCAACAGUGCAGCUUUGUAAUGUACUUCAAUAUGUUCUGUUUUUUUUGUUUUUUGUUUUUUAUAUAUAUAAAGUAAACAAGGCAGCAAAAUGCAUCUGUAACACAGCACCCUUGUCCCUUUGCCUAUUGUGAUGCCUUAGUCACAUUUGUGUUGCUUAAUGGGGAUAUAAACAGUAAAGGUUAAUGUUAGAUUUGGAUUUUGUGGAUUUAAAACUAGUAUGUUUCACUCUGUUUAUUUGAGCACAUCUAUACUUUGAGCUUUGACAUGGAUUCAGGCGUCUGGUGUUGUAACCCAAGUCAUGUCGGUAAAAUCAUUAAAUUACAAUAGUUCACAUGUUCAAAGAGGUCAUAUUUAGAUGUUGACCUGUGCUCUUUUUUUAGUACAGUUUUUAUUUUUCAUUGGCAAAAAAAACUGAAUAUGUUCAAGUGUGAGUAGUUCACAUACAAUGUUCGUAAUAUUCUGACUUCAGCCCUUUUCGUGUACUGACCAAAUACCAAUAAAAAGUUUUAAUACUAA